CGGCUAAUAAUUACUAUCAAGUUUCAACGAAUGUUUUGAAAGGCGAUACUCUCUCCGCACGCACGUUGCCCCGAAAGUAUUGCACCAAAACAAAGAGACGAUAAGGUCGCCGACAGCAGGCGGAUAGCCAGCGCAAAACAGAAAGAAAGAUUAUGGUGAUGGUAGUGUGCCAUGCAUGCAGAGCAAAAGUAGGUUUUUAUAGUCGUCGAUAGGUAGGCGCACCACAGGCAGGGAUCGCCGAAACCAACCUCGUUCGAGUUUCAAAUUCAUCAUUUCUGGUUCUGCCACGAGCGUCGUCACAACGCAUUUCGAGAACGCGAGUUUGGUUUUAAAAUUUGAACAGUUGAAAGUGUGGUUUUGUAGGUUGUUUAAACACAGUGUUUUGAAUAAAGUGAAAUAACAUCGAUGUGCAGUGUUUUGAAGAUCGUCCAAUUUCAACCGUGACAAAAACUGAGCUCAUUAUAUUGACUUUAAUUUUCGAUACAAUUUUAUGUGAAACCCAUCCAAAAUGGCUUUUGCUUUGUUGAGAACUUGUGCGCGGUCCUCGUUUCCGCUAUGGGAACGAAAUUUGGGCUCGCUUGCUGCGUUUGGUUCGACAAAUUUCACUCUGCUGUCUAAGGAUAAGACUGAGUUCGUUGCGGUCGGAACGAACGCGCCCAACUUGGUGUCCACAAGUGUACGAAAAUAUGCGAGCAAAAUCAGCAAACCAGAACGAGCUUAUGCCAGUGACUCCGAUUCGGAUUCUGAUGAUGAGAAAGACACACGAAGGAAGCCCAAGGGUGGACGAGACAGGGGCAACACUGAAUUUUGGCGACGAAAAAUGCGCACCCUGCAUGGCCUGCUGGAUGUGAACAAUGACGGCGUAAUUUCUUACGACGAUUUUAUGCUACUAACGGAAAAGUUCGGCUCUCUCGGUCAUUUGGAUCAGCAGGCCAAGGAAGAGUUCCGUCAAAUUAUGGAGAACACCUGGGUCCAGCAAUGGGGCGAAAUUUCACCCUACAAUCUCAUCACAGUCGAACAGUACCUGGCCGAAAUGCACCACGUGGUCAACGAUAAGGAUCUGAAGAAGAAGGUUCACCGAUUCCUUCCAUAUCUCUAUAAGGCAGUUGACAAGGACCGAUCCGGUUCUAUUUCGUUGAAUGAAUUCAAACUAUUCUUCCGCUGUCUGGGCCUAACCGACGAGGAUGCGGCCGUUUCGUUUGCCGUUAUUGAUAAGAAUGGUGACGGGCAGGUUACGCUGGAUGAGUUCGUGAAGCUCGGACGAGACUUUUUCCUGAGCGAGAACGAAGCAGACGUUUCGCGACGCUUCUGGGGACCCCUGGUGGAACAUUGAGAUCGAUCGACUUGUUCAACGCGGAUAUCAGGGAAAUGCGACAGAGUGAGGAAAGGUGGAUUUCAUAUAUGACUAUACAUAUUAGGUUUAACGAGAUGUUUUGAUAAUGAGCAUUUACAACUCUAUGACUAUACUUACUCUUGCAUUUUUGUCUGAUCCAUUGUGAUAUUCAAAUUUAAUAAA